AUGCUUGUAAAUUAUUGCGACUCUCUAACGUUUUGUUUCCUAUCGAAAUUCCUAACCAUCAAAUCAUCAUGCGAAUGGUAUUUUUUCAUAUUAUUUAUAGAAACGGCCAGUAGUUGUUGCUAUAACUGCCGGCCAUUUUGUUGUGAUUGUUAUAACGGGAUUCUUUACUGUCGCUCUCUCUAUUAUCUUCUUUGUCCCUUUGAAUUAAUUGAGAAGGAAACAAUUACAGCGGCGUUUGGCGUGUGGGCAAACAAUCUGCGGCCUUCCGAUCCAAGAUACCCGACGUUUUUGCGAUUGUUUUCGCUUUCGUAUUUUUCACUUCUUUCUCUCUAUCUUUCUUUCUUUCUUUCCUUCUUUCUUUCUUUCUUUCUUUCUUUCUUGCUUUCAUUUUUUUCCCUUUCUUACGUUACUUUUAUUACUUCUUUCUUUCUUUCUUUAAUUUCCCUUUCUUACUUCUUUCUUCUCUCACCCCUCUCCCUUUCUAUAUAUCUAACUCAAUGUAUUUCUAUCUAUCUAUCUAUCUAA